ACACAACUUUGUAUGCCUUCACCAUGUGCAAACGGAGGUUGGAGUGACUGGACGUCAUGGAGUUCAUGCAGUGCAACUUGUGGCGGAGGAAUAAGGUCUCAAACCAGGUCAUGCUCGAAUCCUUCCCCAUCAUCAUACGGACAAUAUUGUGUAGGAUCAAAUGACAGAGUGGAGUCGUGUGCUAAAAAUAACUGCGUUCAUGGCGGAUGGAGUGAUUGGUCAAAUUGGGGCUCGUGCUCAGUAACAUGUGGCAUGGGCUUGCAACGUCGCACGAGGACAUGUUCUAAUCCACCGCCAAUUCUCGCUGGAAAUCAUUGUUUCGGAGACAGAUCUGAAACACAACUUUGUAUGCCUUCACCAUGUGCAAACGGCGGUUGGAGUGACUGGACGUCAUGGAGUUCAUGCAGUGCAACUUGUGGCGGAGGAAUAAGGACUCAAACGAGGUCAUGUUCGAAUCCUUCUCCAUCACCAUACGGACAUUAUUGUGUAGGAUCAAAUGACAGGGUGGAGUCGUGUGCUAAUAAUGUCUGCGUGACGAAUUAUUGUUCGGCCAGUCCAUGUGUACACGGUCAAUGUUAUGACGUUUCUAAUGAUUUUCUUUGUUACUGUGACCAUGGUUAUGAGGGACGUUACUGUAAUAUAUCGUAUUAUUACUGCAUGUCAAAUCCGUGCGAUCAUGGGAGCUGCGUAUCUGGUUUUAUCGACUACAAAUGCAACUGUUUUGAAGGAUAUGUUGGAAGAAACUGUGACCUCCUGAAUGCCACAGACUGUUACGAUAUACUUUAUAAAAGAUUGGCUAGAGGAAGUGGAGUUUAUAACGUCACCUUACGGAGAUCUAAACUUGUAAAAGAAAUAUACUGCGACAUGGAGACAGAUAAGGGUGGUUGGACGGUGUUUCAAUAUCGAUUCAACGGCAGCGUUGAUUUCUAUAGAAACUUUAGUGAUUAUGAGAGAGGAUUUGGAUCUUUAGACGGUGAAUUUUGGUUAGGCCUUGAAAACAUCUAUGAAAUGGUUUCCCGAGGAAAAACAGAGUUGAGGCUGGAUCUGACGGCAGCUGACGGAACAUCUGUAUACGAAACAUUUCAGAAUUUUAGACUCGGUGAAAUGCCGUAUUAUACUCUUCAUAUCGACCAGGGUGUGGGAACUGCAGGCGAUGACUAUGGUAUAUCAUAUCACAAUGGUAACCGUUUUUCAACUUUCGACAUGGAUCGUGAUGAAACCAGCAGAAAUUGCGCUAUGACCGACCAUGGUGGAUGGUGGUAUAACAGUUGUGCUCUAGCAAAUCUAAAUGGUGAAUAUGUUACUCCUGGUACACAACGACCUGUCGAGUCGCAAGGUGGGAUGGUAUACUACUCAUUCAAAAGCUGGGAAUCACUAAAAGUCUCCAAAAUGAUGUUCCGGCGGAUAUGAAUGAAUCCUGGUCUGAUUUAGUGAGAAUAAAUGUUAUUUCCAAACUUU